AUGUUACAACUUGACACCAAUCCCAUCCUCUCGGCAGGGCCAGAACCCACGAAGCGAAGCGCCAUGAAGAAAGGCAAGCGUCCAGAAGCACUUGAGCGAUCCCACCUUGCAAAUAUCAAGCGUCGACGAGUGACCUUCGCGCCCGGCACCAAGCCGCCGAGUCAAACUAUGAGCAAACCUCGAUCUUUGAGUCUAGCCGUACCUGAUACUCUUACAUCCAACGCCCAAAAGUCAGCGCCAGCACAACUUACAGUUAUGAAUGCUUAUGCGGCAGCUUUUAUGGAAAACGAUCCUAGCACACGAGAGAGGGCAACCGCGUCCCUGAGGCACGCAAGAGAACUCCUUCGAAACACACCCACUCUCCCAGCCGAAGAGGCUCUUCCGCUUACCCAUACAAACAGCAACCUAUUCUACUACGGUCACACAUCCUCUUUCACACGAUCUCAAACACAAGAAGUCAAUGCUCAUCACGCAGCAGUCUACGCAGAAUGGCACACUGGAUGCCCAUAUGACAACAUUAUGCACGAGCGACCCUCAACAGAAGAAGUCGCCGCCGAGCGAAAGACAUGUAAGUGCUUCAAGUCCAGCCACGGAAUUACCUUGCUCUCAAAGACACUAACACACGGAGAGGGUGCAGGAAAAUUUGGCGCAACAUGCUGGCUCUGCUGCAAAGAAAUCGGGUACACAUGUACACCUACCCUGGGCCACUACAUCCCCCAGAGUGCUGAAUCCCACCGCUAG